UUUCUCAUAGUAACAUUGCACAUAGGAUACUCGCGAAAACAAAAUGCUGAAGACCUUAUGCCUGCUGGGCGCCCUAGUCGCGUGGUGCAAUGGACUCGUUAUCAGCGGUUAUAAUGGAGGAAAUGAUGGCGUAUAUGAUUAUGCAGGGUUAGAAGAUUAUGAAGGGCAUGCAGUUCUUCCAACAGUUGCAGUACCAGUGCAUUCGGUUUCUGCUUCCCCACUUCAUCUCACAGCACAAGAUAUACAUGCUUAUAAUCAUUAUCCUGAACAUCAAUUACAACAUGAACAUCACCAUCACCAGGAGCCGGACCAUGAUUAUUAUUCUCAUCCAAAGUACACCUUCAAUUAUGGAGUCCAUGAUCCACACACUGGUGACGUAAAGACGCAACACGAAGUUCGCGACGGUGAUGUAGUACAUGGAUCAUAUAGUGUGAACGAACCCGAUGGCAGUGUGAGAAUUGUUGAAUACACAGCAGAUGAUCACAAUGGAUUCAAUGCAGUCGUGAAAAAAGUUGGGCCCGCAGUUCAUCCGGCACCGGUUCCGGUCCAUAAAUAUGUACAUGCGGCGCCUGCGUAUUACGGCUACGAAUUUGAUAAACAACAUUACUAAUUCAAAUUUAAUCUAAUCUAAUUUUAAUCCUAAUUUCGCUCAUUAACCUAUCGUGCAUGUACAAAGUAUAUUUACGUAUUUAAUUUCGAAAAACUAAUAUGAAGUUCUUCAUUUCCAACCAUUAGGAUCCUCUUUUAUUCCUAAUAUUCAAGAUUCUUUUCCAUUCACAAUCUUUAAGAUUCUUCUCAAUUCCCAAUCUUUCAGAUUCUACUGUUUUCCAGCCUUUAAGAUUCUUCUCAUUUCUAAAUAUCCGAGACUCUAUACUAUUCACAAUCUUAAAGAUUCUUUUGCACUCUCAAUCUUUAAAUUCCUUUUAAAUUCUCAACCUUUAAGAUUAUUUUCAAUUCCUGAUUCUUGAAGAUUCUUCGCAUUUUUCAUUCUUCUAGAUUCUGCAGUUUUCCUAUUCUUUAAGAUUAUUUUUAGAUCCAAAUCUUCCAGAUGUUUCUGUAUUUUGAAUCUUCAAGAUUAUUUUGUAUUUUUAAUCUUAAACGAUUUUUUUGCAUUCUCAACCUUUGAGAUUCUUUUGCACUUCCAAAUCAUUAAUAUUCUUCGCAAUUCCCAAUCUUCUAGAUUCUACAGUUGUUCCAAUCCUUAAGAUACCUCCUCAUUCCCAAUCUUCAAGAUUUUUUUAAAAAUUCACAGUCUUCAAGAUUCUUUUCAAUUCUCAAUCUUCCAUAUACUACUAUUUUACCAAUCUUCAAAAUUUUUCUUAUUUCUAAAUAUUUAAGAUUCUCCUUCCUUCCCAAUCUUUAAGCUUCUUUUGCAUUCCCAAUCUUUGAAAUCUUUUAACAUUCUCAAGCUUUAAGAUUCUUUGAAUUCCCGAAUCUCCAACAUUCUUCGCAAUUCUUAAUCCUCCAGAUUUUAAGCUUUUUCCAAUUUUGAAGAUUCACUACCAUAUCUUCCAGAUUCUUCUUCAUUUUCAAUCUUUGAGAUUUUUUCGCAUUCCCAAUGUUUAAGAUUCAUUUUGAUUCCUAAUCUCCAAGAUUCUUUUCAAUUCGCAAUUCUCAAAAUUCUUCUUAAUUCCCUAUCUUCUAGAAAUCCUGAUACAUUCUUAACAUUUGCGCUUGUUUUAGAUUCCCAAAUCUUGAAGAUUCUUUGCAAUUCUAAAUCAGAUAAAUAAUACAGUUUUUCUAAUCUUCAAGAUUCUUUUCAGUUCUAAUUCUUCUAGAUUUUUCUCCUAUUUUCAAUCUUCAAGAUUCUGUACUGUUCGUCAUUUUUAAGAUUGUUUUCGAUUCACAGUCGUCAUGAUUCUUCUCAAUUCUCAAUCUUCCAGAUUCUUCUGUUUUCUCAAUCUUCAAGAUUUUCCUCAGUUAUAAAUAAUUCAGAUUAUUCUAUAUUCCCAAUUUGCAAGAUCCUUUUGUAUUUACACUUUUUAAAAUCCUUUUUCAUUCUCAAUCUUUAAGAUUAUUUUCAAUUCUCUAAUCUUCGAGAUUCCAAAUCUUUCAGAUUCUUCUCCGUUUUCAAUCUUUAAGAUCCUUCCCUAUUUCUAAUCUUCAAGAUUCAUUCCCAUUUUCUAAUCUUUAAGAUUCUUUGUUCCCGAUCAUAAAAAUUCUUCUACUUUCCCAAUCUUCAAGAUUCUUCUCCACUUGAAAACCUUCUGGAUUGGUUGAAAAGAAGUAUCUCUAGACUAAUGUCAUAUAUUUUAAUAAUUGAGUAAAUCGCAGUGAAAAGAAAGCGUCGAAAUAGCGGUUCUAAGGAUAUGACUUCUCUAUUUAAAAAGCAUUCCUGUAAUGAAAAUGAGAGGAAAGUUCAUUAGUAAUUGAAAAUCUUGCGAAAGUGAUUUCGUGUAAAUUUCGAAACUUUAGAUAAGUUUAUUUCUAGAAAAUCACUUAAUCUAAAAUUGACUGAAUAAUUAACCAAUUUCGCUAUGUAUUGUAUGGACAUUUUGUAUCUAUAUGUGAAGUAAAUUGUACA